GAAUCAUUUCUUCGUUAAUGAUUGACUCUCGAGGUAUUGUAUUGAGUGUCUCAGUGUACGAUUGCAGCUCGUCUCGCCCCUUUCCCAACCAAAUCGUGCAAGGAAACAGGCACAAAAGGAGCUACCAUGGCCACGCAGCCCCAGUGAACUCCCCUCGUCCAAUUCUGACGUUGCAGGAAUACAACUUUUUUUUUUCUCUCAUCAACCUAAUCCCUGUUCUGUUACUUUCAUCUGUGACCCUUCCAUUAUGGCAGGAUGACGCAGGCAACGUGACCCAGAUCCUACCAUACAAUGAUCUAUUGGAAGAGGAGCGGGGGAAGACUUGACUUCCUUAUAUUAUGACGGACAGAUGCAUACCCCGCGAGUCCAGGAUCUAUCACUCGUCGUCUCUCCGGAAGUCCUGCGAUUCUGUUAUCGAUAGCAUUCUUCUCCGCUACCAUCACAACGAAGAGGAAGAAUCUGCUGCCGCCACCAUGUCGCGCAAUGUAUGCGUCACCGCCGCUGAGGGCUAUACGGGCUUCCUCAUCGCGGAGCUCCUUCUCACAGACGAAAACUUCCAGAAGGAAAUCGGCACCGUGACGGGCCUAGCGAUGAACACGUCCCAUGACCAUUGCAAAGAUCUACAAGAUCUAGGCGCGACCAUCGUCGAGCAUAAGCCUGGGAAACUGAAAGAGAUAGUGAAAACGCUGCAGGAUACGAAAGCUGAUACGCUCUGUCUGGUCCCUUCGGCGCAUAAGGAGAAGAUCCAAACUACGACAGAGCUCAUCAAUGCGGCGAAGCAGGCGGGGAUUCCGAAUGUGUUGUUUAUCAGUUCCGCGGGGUGUGACCUUGCAGAGAGGGAGAAGCAGCCGAGAUUGAGAGAGUUUAUUGAUUUGGAAACGCUGUUCAUGGCGAGUAAAGGGGAUCCGGGGACGGCUACGGGUCAUUCGCCGGUUAUUAUUCGAGCCGGUUUCUAUGCUGAGAAUCUUCUGCUUUAUGCACCUCAGGCUCAGAAGGAAGGGAAACUUCCUAUUCCGAUUGGGAAGAAUCAUAAAUUCGCGCCUGUGGCGUUGGGUGAUGUUGCCCUCCUCGCCGCUCAUGUCUUAUGCGGUAAGGGUAAACAUGGCUUUAGCGAUAAGCAUAGAGGCCAGCUUAUGAUCAUGACGGGACCAAUGCUUACCGCUGGUGAUGAACUCGCCGCCGCUGCGAGUAAGGCACUUGGAUCCGAUCUCAAAUUUGAAGAUAUCUCCGAAGAACAAGCCAAGAAAGUCCUCCACGCGCAAUCCGACAGCGACGAGGCGGAAAUCCAAUACCUGCUUGAAUACUACUCUCUCGUCCGCGAAGGCAAGACCAACUACAUCUCCACCACUGCCUUCCACGACGUCACGGGUGAUCAUCCGCAGGAACCGCCGGAUUUCUUCAAGGUGUACGCGGAGGAAUUUCUGCCGCGGGCUCAGGGAAAGGCUCCGGCGAGGAAGAAGAGAAAGGUUGAUGGGAAAUAGGGCUAUGAUAUAUAUAGUACUGGGUAUGUAGUAUUUCCCGUGGCUUUUGGCGUGGAGCUGGACGGGGCUGGAUGGAAUUGCGGUGUCUAUUUGGUUUAGCUUUGCUGAGAAUAAUGAAAGUUUCAAGCUUCCUAUCCAAUAUCCAACACCUAAUGGGUGAGAUCUCAAUGCUCGUAAGAUAGGAUUAAUUACCUAUUAUUAUAUCGCAGUAAAUAA